UCCUGGGACAGCAGCUCCGUCUACCGCGAACCGAACCAACAAGAAGAGGUAGAGAGGAAGAAGAACACGCCUCGUUGGGCUAGCUUGGGCAUCAUAUAUAUCGAUCAUAUCUUUGCCGCCAUGCAUGGCUCCAUAUAUACCUAAGCCUAGCUAGCUAGCUAGCUAGGAGCCACCAUCGAUCAUCAGCUAGCAGCUUCUUCUAGCUCUCUUCUCGAUCUUGUCUUCUCUGAGAGCCGGCCGGCAAGCAAGGCAUGGAUGGAAAGGGCGCCAGCAUAGCAAGCAAGGGGAUUACCAUGCCAUAGCUGCCUUGCUAGCUAGAGAGUGAGCAGGCGCGCGCGCAUGAAAGAGACCAACAAGGUCACGGCGGAGGCGAUGGAGGAGGAGGAGGAGGAGGAGGAGGAGGAGGAGCGGUACGUGAAGGUGGGGACGAGGUUCUACCGGGUGACGAUGAGGCCAAACGGCGGCGGUGGCGCCGGCGACGCCGUGGCGCGUCGUCGUCGUCGCCUCCACUACCUCGAGUCCUGCUACCUCUGCAAGCAGAGCAUCGCCUGCGACCGCGACGUCUUCAUGUACAAGGGGGACGCGGCGUUCUGCAGCGAGGACUGCAGGGACGACCAGAUGGACAUGGACGAGGCGCUCCACGCGGCGGCGCGGCGCCACCGCCUCCUGCAGCGCUCUCCGGCGUCCGCCUCCUCGCAGUCGUCGCAGGCGGCGGCGUCGACCAGGCCUCCGCCGGUGAUGCGCCGCCGCCCCACCAUCGCCAACCUCGCCGCGCGCAACCCGCCCGUGGCCGCCAGCUAGCCAGUACCCGUGGCGGCCACUCCACUCGUCGACAAGCUUGCUCGGGCAGCGAGGACUCUUCAGUGCGGCUGCACCGAUCAGCUAGCUGUAGGCCGUACCCGUACCUGUACGUAGGCUACCUAGGCAUGGAUGAGUGUGUUGCAGCCAGGAACCGUCGUCGCGGGAUGAGUAGGGUGAUUCUUUUCUGCCGCCAUGGAUGAGUUGCAGACUGCUUGCAGCAGGACGCCAUUACCGCCGGCAGCAGCAGUUAGCUAGCUAGCAAGAGCUACGACGGAGCACGCACGGACUGACGAUGGACGGCACGCAACUGGACGCUACGUAGAAACGAAUAACGAAGCUUUGUGGUGACUUAGCUACCUACAUGUACAAAAUCAGUAGUAGUAAAUUAAAAGAUUAAUUAUAUAUUAUUACCAUGUGUUCUUGAGCUAAAUUUCUAGCUUCAUUA